AUGGCUUCUAUCAAGCUACCAAAGGCCACCUGGUCUCGCAUCGCUUCCAGCGAGCGUCUAUGCCGUUCCUCUCAGGCUGUCUCUACGGUAGAUCAGAAGAUCUACAUCUUUGGUGGCGAGUUGUUCCCACGUGAACCAGUCGACAACAGAGUCGAUGUAGUCAGCCUCGAUGCCCAGGAUCACGGCGCCCAAACUCUAACGGCUCCCGAUAAAACACCCUCACCUCGAGUCGGCAGCCCAAGCACCACCAUCGGAAGCAACAUCUUCCUCUUCUCCGGCCGCGGGGGUCUCGAGAUGAAGCCCAUCGAAGAAAAUGGAGCUAUAUGGCGGUACAACACAGUCGAAAAUACGUGGGACUCUAUCGAGCCCGCUGAUCCUUCUGCGCCUUUCCCAGACGGUCGAAGCUACCAUUGCAUCACUUCAAAUGGCGUUGACCAGCUUUACCUCCACUCUGGAUGCCCUGAGCAGAACAGACUUCACGACCUUUGGGUUUUUGACGUGGCCAAAAUGGCAUGGGCUGAGCUUCCUUGUGCACCAGGUCCUGCGCGUGGUGGCUCAUCGAUCGCAUUUCACGGCGGGAAGUUGUAUCGCAUGAACGGCUUCGAUGGCAAGACAGAACAGGGCGGUGCGCUGGACAUCUAUGACAUUAAGACUAGUUCAUGGUCUACUGUUACUUACAAGCCAGAUGGCGCUGAAGGUCCUGAAGCGAGGAGUGUCGCAACACUACUGGCGAUCUCAGGGCAAAGCAGGACAUUUUUAGUGACUAUGUUUGGCGAGAGAGACCCUAGCGCUCUAGGCCACGCUGGUGCUGGAAAGAUGCUGUCUGACGUCUGGGCUUUUGACAUUGAGGUGAGGACCUGGCAGAGAGUAGAGGUUGGUGCCGAUGGACCUGUUGCUAGGGGAUGGUUUGACGCUGAUGUUGUUCGGGAUGGAGUUGUAAAGGAUGCUAUGGUUGUCCAUGGAGGUCUUGGGGGAGAUAAUCAAAGACUUGGUGAUGUUUGGGUAUUGCGUUUUUAG